AUGUCAACAACAAGUGACAGAAGAAACUUCUAUCAAGAAGGCAGGAUUCUAUUAGCUAUUAAGGCUCUAGAUAAAGGUCAAAUCUCAGGUAUUCGAGCUGCUGCACGCGCGUACGAAGUUCCUUAUUCAAGUUUAUAUGAUCGAUUACACGGCCGCACAACACGAAAAGAUUCUCAGUUAAAAAACCGAAAACUCAGUCUUACAGAGGAAGCAUCUCUUAUUCAGUGGAUUCUAUCCAUGACUGAGCGAGGCCAGUCACCCCGCAUCACAACCGUACGAAAUAUGGCCAAUUUGCUUCUUUCUGAACGAGAAAUCAAGUCUGAAUCCAAACCCCCUCCAACAGUGGGUGAAUGCUGGGUACGAAACUUUGUUAAUCGUCAUGAGGAGUUAAAAUCAACAUUCUCUCGAAAGUAUGAUCACCAGCGAGCUCUAUGUGAGAAUCCUGAGAUUAUUCGUGGAUGGUUUAAUCUCGUACGAAACACCAUUGCAAAGUAUGGGAUUGCACAGGAAGAUACAUACAACUUUGAUGAGACUGGAUUUCAGAUGGGAGUUAUUGGGACAGCCAGAGUAAUUACUGGAUCUGAGAGAGUUGAUCGUCCGAAUCUUAUACAGCCUGGAGAUCGGGAAUGGGCCACUGUUAUUGCAGGAGUUAAUGCAACUGGUUGGGCUUUACGUACGAUGAUUAUUCUAAAGGGAAAGAUGCACCAAUCCCAUUGGUAUGAGACUGAGAAGCUGCCACAUGACUGGGUGAUUGGAGUCAGUGAGAAUGGAUGGACAAAUGAUAAGCUGGGGUUGAUCUGGCUUAAGGAGAUAUUUGACAAGGACACUCGAUCUCGUACGAAGGGCAAAUAUCGACUCUUGAUCCUUGAUGGACAUGGAAGUCAUGCUUCAGCAGAGUUUGAUCAAUUCUGCUCUGAGAAUGACAUCAUUGUUCUCUACAUGCCAUCUCAUUCAUCUCAUCUUCUUCAGCCCUUGGAUGUUAGCUGUUUCUCUCCUCUAAAGAAGGCAUACAGACGACAGGUGGAGAAGCAAAUGCAGCUUGGCAUCAAUCACAUUGAUAAGGAAGAGUUUUUGACUCUCUAUCCAGCAGCUCAUAUGGAAGCCCUGAAUGAGAACAACAUCAAAAGUGGUUUUAAAGCUACAGGGUUAGUUCCGUACGAUCCAGAGCAGGUUCUCUCACGCCUUAAUACCCAGAUGCAUACACCCACCCCCCCAGGAACUUCUCAUAGUUCUCAAGCCUCCUGGGCCACAGCCACACCACACAAUGUACGACAAGUGGAUCUCCAGGCCAAGAAGAUUAAAGGAUACAUGCAACAUCGUACACAGGGUUCAUCCAGUCCAACCAAUCGAGCUAUGAAUCAGCUGAUCAAGGGGUGUCAAAUGGCUAUGUGUAGUGCUGCUAUUUUAGCAAAGGAAAACAAGGAACUAAGAGCUGCAAAUGAGAAGCAAAAGAGAAAGCGAGGGAAAGGUCGUACAUAUAUAGCUCAGGAAGGGGUUUUAAGAGUUGAAGAAGGAAUAGAUCGCGUACGAAGUGUCAAUGAACAGGAAAAUGAGAAGGUUGAGGUUUCUGACUCUCAACCACGAAAACGAGCAGCACCAUGGUGCAGUAUAUGUGGUACUAUUGGACAUACUGCUCUUAUAAACAUGAAAAAGAGUGAAGAAGUGAUCGGGAAGGGUAUUUGA